UUGCCAUUUGCGGUCCUUCGAUUUUUUUUCUUUCCCAAAAUUUUCCUCCAUUGGAACUUGUACAGCAAAGAAGCUCCCGAAAUGGUAUGAUUGAAUAAGUAGCGGGGAUCCCCAAUUUGGGGAACGUCGGACAAACUUGACACAGAUGAAAGCAGAGGAGAGGUGCAAAUAGAGGACGCAAGGGAAACGCAAAUGGUAUAAUUAGAAUUGAGAAUUGUUGGCAUUAUAGGUAGGUGAUGGAGCAUUAUAGGUAAAAUUGGUAAUGGAGCAUCGUAGCAGGCCCUGUGCUUCGGGGCGUAAGAGGUACGCUCCUCCCCCUAGACAGAGGAGGGAGGAGGAGGAUGAGGAGAGUGAGGUAGCGGCACUGCCGUUGGAUGUGGUGCGGAGAAUAGCGGCGAGGCUGAGGGGCGGGGAUUUGCGGUCGGUGAGCUUGGUAUGCCGCGCCUGGAAUGAGGCGCUGGCGCCACUGAGGGAGGCCAUGGUGAUGGUGCGGUGGGGGAAGCGGUUCAAGCAUGGUACGAGUGGGGUUUCCCAAAACAGGGACAAAGCCCUUCAUUCUUUCCUCAACGCCGCUCGCAAGGGCUCCUCCGCUGCCAUGGUCGACGCAGGCCUUCUCCUUUGGGAGAUGGGCAGGAAAGAGCAAGGAAUAGAGCUCUACAGAGCAGCUGCCGACCUUGGAGAUGCCGCAGGACAAUGCAAUCUCGGUCUUUCGUACUUGCAAGUGGGGCCUUCAAAUUCUCAAGAGGCUGUGAAGUGGUUCUAUCGAGCUGCUUUUGCAGGGCAUGUACGAGCUCAAUAUAGCCUUGCCCUUUGUCUUCAGCAAGGCCGAGGUGUAGAAUGCAAUCCUGUGAAAGCAGCCAAGUGGUAUCUAAGAGCUGCAGAAGGUGGAAGCACCCGUGCGAUGUACAAUACUGCUUUAUGCUACUUAUCUGGGGAAGGCAUUGCACGCAAUUAUCAGGAGGCAAGGAAAUGGAUGAAGCGUGCAGCACUUGCUGGCCAUAAAAAAGCACAAUUUGAGCAUGGCCUUACCCUCUUUGCUGAAGGUGAUGGUGGUUGUGCUUUGGUAUUUCUGGAACUGGCUACUCGAGCUGGUGAAACUGCAGCUACACAUAUCAGGGAUAUCCUUCUCCAGCAACUUUCUCCAAAGUUGCGAGCACAUGCAAUCGCCUGUGCUGAUAACUGGAAAAUAAAACAGUCUCCACGCUGAUGCUAUGUGGUUUCCUGUUCAAUCAUAGAAGGGAUCCUAAUUCAUAUCUCAUGAGGCAGAUCGUGUUGUAUUUGAAAGCAGACAAAUGUCAAGAAACAGAGUAGAGUCUUCAUUGAGCUUUGUGAAUAUUCUCACAUAAAAAUUGUGUACUCAGUGUUUGUGCAAUUUCUCUUUUUUCCAUUUUAUUUUUGUUCGGUAUUAUUCUAAUCCAAGACCAACUGGCAUCUUAUUAUUA